AUGCGCAGAUCUACUGAGGACGCCUUCGGAGGCGAUGAUUCGAGCGACAACCCACCGCUUCAGGUAUCUUUAAUCCACAUCUUUUUCUAUUAUCUCAUCUAUCAUCAGAAGGUUAGGCGCGUCCAAAUUCCAGAGGGUGACCCUCUGAAGCAAGUCCAGCAAGAAUCUCACUUGCGCGAAAGAAUAAGGGGGCUGAACGACCGCAUUCAUCGCCUGGAGAAGGAGAAUACCUUACAAGCCCAGGAGCUAUCCGACUUGAUGAACGUUGACGACGCGAACGUCCGCCUCGCCCAAAAGGAAACCGACCGCCUAUAUAAAGCUACCGUCGAAAAGGACAAACAGAUAGCGACAUUGCAGCUCACCAUUGGACGACUACGAUUUGGCUUAUCGCAUCGGGAUUCUGUAGACAGCAUCAGGAGUGUACCUCAGGCAGGAGCCUUGACAGACCCUCUCUCGAGCACUCAGCCAGAACUAGAGGCAGAGCGGCAGCGCGUCACCGAGCCUCAUGCUACAUCCCAUGAACUUCAGUCGAGAGCCGCUCGCGCCGAGGCGGAAUGUGCAAAGUGCAAGCAGGAAAUCGAUGCCUUGCAGAUAGCCGUGUUGAAACUCCAGAAAACACAAGAGGACGCUGAGGCCGCUUUCAAGUCACAGGAACAAGAAAUGACCAAGGCAAGUAUCGCCGCUGAGGAAGCGCGCAAAACGCAAGAGAGUCUGAUUGUCGAGCUGACAAAGCAACUCGCUAUUCUCAAGGCAAGCUUUCUACACUACGCAGCGCUUUAA